CCGCCGCAUCAUUGUUUUGUGAACUUGAACUAUGCAAAACAACCUUGUCACUUUCAAUUUGACAAACUUCAUUUUUGUCAGGACUUUCCUGGUCCGUUUUCACCCGUUUGGCAGAAACUUGACGAUGAACAGCCGUCCUAUAACUCCAAGAAUACGUACUCAUUUAAAAACACAAGUAUUAGUUGCUUUAAAAAUAAAAAAUAUCAAAAAUUGAAAAGCUUUUCGGGACCAAGUUGACAUCUAAAAUAUAGAGUUCUUGAAACACAUGUCGUUCGUGCUAAUAACAUCACGAUUUGAGAGGAAUUGUUCGAAAUACGCGGGCUCGCAUUGUUGUUUGGAAACAAAAAUGUAAAUUUUUGUAAUAAAAAACCUCAGACAAAAGAGGGAAAAAAUAACGUUUUUCUUUAGGAAUCGAAAGGAGUUUUGUCUCUUUGAAGUUUGGAUUUCCUUGUACAAUAUCAAGAUCAGAUGCUAAGCUUUAUAUAUUUACGAUUGACAUGUUUGGUGAUAUUUGAUUAACGAUUUGGUCAAAGCAUUUAUAUGGCAUACGUUCGGUCUUGAAUUUGAUAUAAACAAUCAGAUUGUCACCUACGGCUGGUAUAAAGAUUUAACCCUAUAAAUUUCAAGAAAUGGUCAGAUCUGUACUGUAGAUUGUUUGCAUGGGACAAACUGUAUAAAUCGGGGUAUGUUUGUAGCAUUUUAGAUUCGUGUAUUAUAUACAAAGUCUUGGAAAUCGGAAUAGAAAUGAUUAUGUAAUCUGAUCGGUCACGUCUUAUAUUUUUUGCAGAAUCGUAUAAGAUAGUGUUCAUCUCAAACGUUCUGGCUAAUAAAACGCGAUCUUGAAGAUUAAGAGCUGUAAUUUCCUGCUCCAAAAUGAUGAUUCUUCAAAGAUUAAUGCUUGCAAUAAACACAUCGUUAAAACUGUGAAUAAUAUAACCGAAUUAAUGCCAAUAUAAGCGAUUGUUUGUUUAUGUCUGGAUAAUACAUAGAAAGAUCAAUCAUAAUGUUUUAUUCAAGUGAUCCACAACCGUCCAACCGUGAUAAUUAUUUGGCUCCAUCAGAUAAGGACAAAUACUCAUCUAUAAGAGUACUCGAUCAAACACACAAGAACAUUCGACGUUCAUUAUCUGAAACUAAUAUUCUCAGUAAAUUUUCAAGUCAACUUAAAAAUGAACAACGGACUGACAGAGGGAAGGCAAGCAAGCAACGUCCAUAUUCGACCAUCGGAGUACACAGGGGAACCUUGUUAACAGCAAGAGAUGUAAACAAAUCAAAAUCGUUGAAAGUUAACAGAAGUAAAAGCGCCAAUACUGGUAAUAAGAGUAGUGAUCCAUUUGCAGAUAUUUUGCACACUGUAAAACAAUCUUUAGAUUUGGCAGUUGCACAAUCGACUUUUGGUGAUACAAAGGGUAGUCUAGGAUCAGUAGAUAUCGGUUCAAAGGCUACAUUAACGUCGAGAAACUCAAACGCUGCAAAUAAACCUGAAGUAGAGCAUACUUUCUCACCCGAUGAAGCUUCUCCAAUGCCUGACAUUGAGCCUGCUUUCUCAGAUGUUAACUGGCCACCUGCCCAAGGCAAUGUUAAUUCCUUGCCAGGCAAAAUUGAGCCUGCAGUGUCAGAUAUUAAUUGGCCAGCAGUGGAAGGUGAUAUUACUCCAAGCAACAUUGAGCCUACAGUCUCAGACCCCAACUGGUCAGCAGUUAAACGGGAGGUUAUACCUCUAACAAGCGAAUCAAGAGUUUCGUCACCUCGUUACCAUGCUCUGAGCGAGGACGAGCUCGAGGAGGAACUACGAGAGGAAAACGAGGUCCGUUCCCGAAACGACUCUGUCGUGUUACGACAUGAGAUAAUAAGAUCCUAUUCCAUCACUGAAAAUCUCGCUCAAAAGACAAGCGAAGAUGACGGGAAAAUUGUGGCACUUGAUGAAACAGACAGCCUAAAAGGUUAUGUUCAGUUGAGGUAUGAUGUUAGCGGGGUUGUCUGGGAAGAUGACUUUGAUGAAUCUGCCACACUGCCCGAUGACAAACCCAGUAAAGAUGUCAACUCUGUUGAUGAGAGACUUAAUGAUAUGACAACAAAUGAUUCAACCUUAGCCCACAACCACAAUAGCUUAUCCAAGCAUAUCAAGAGUGCACCAAAAAGUAUUUCACAAAGUUUUGUCCAUGAGCAUAAGAACUUUUCAACAGCUCAGGACGAUGCUUCAAAACGACUGACAGUUGAUCUUGGUGAGUUGCGCCGACAGUCGGAAAGCAGGUCCACCCCAAGCCGCCCGAAACAUAUAAGCAUCGCUGGAAGUUCAGGUCGGGAAAUAAAGUUCCUUCGGUCACCCACGUCCAGAGUGUCAACCCUGUUCUCCACAAAACUCCCCGAGGUCCGUUCACCAGGCAGUCAAAAUGGAAAACAGCCCAUAGAACCCGGCUUUGUGUUUUUUGGAGAUGGUCUUUUUGACUUUACAGAGGAACGAAACGAAGAAGCAGUGGCAUUCAGCACUGUCCUGGGUGAACUUCGCUCGAAAUUGUGUGGCAAGGUUGAAUUAAACCUUGGCUAUUUGCUCAGCCCAACGGUUACACAAAACUCAAACAGUUUGGCAGAAACUUUGGAAGAAGUGCUUUUGUCUUUGCAAAUCUUCGUCAAAGGCCAGGAGUCGCCUGUUCUCCUCUUCUCGGUAAGCUCAAAGACACAAAUUAGCGAAGUCAUAGUGCAAGUACUUGAAACAGUUUGGAAAAAAGACGUGAACCCGAACACUAUUAUCGAUAGUGCUUUUACUUUGAAGGUUUGUGGCUUUGAAGAGUAUUUAAGCAGCUCGAAGUUACUUUGCGAGUACGAGUACGUUCACCAGUGUGUUAUGGCGAGGGAGAAUAUUAAACUUGCUUUACUCGACAGUGAUGAAGUCCCAAGGACAUUAGCUCGAAGCCAAAUGGACGACAUAGCCGACUGUGAACCGCGAAUAUAUAGCCAGUUCUUUGACCGUCCGCUGGACACGUCCGUUUCCCGCGAGGGACUCAGCGUCCUUCGCGAAGCCUUUGAAGAAGAAUUGAAACGUGUCCUACAUGACGCAGACAGCCAGAACCCGCGUUUCCAGCCCGGACGGUUGGUUCAAAGUGUCCGAGCUGUUUGUACCACGCUGGGACAGAUUGAGACCAAAGGAAUUGUGAAUUCUGUGUACUCGCUUAAGGAGAUGAAGGGGCGAUACGACGAAGCUUGUCAGGGCUCGCCUAGGAGUGUCACUGUAGACCUGGUUGAACUUCGCAACCUUCUUCAAAAUAUCUUCAAGCAUGUCUAUCUACUGAUAGAGUUAUACUGUAAUACCUUCAACACGGACUUUGGAAGAAUUCGUAUCAGCGAGAAGAUUAUCAACGGCUCGAUAGAGGUGACAGCGAUGACGGAUAAAUUCAGCGUCUACAUCCCGGCCGCGUAUCGUAUCCCCCCGGAAUGGAAAGAAAAAUUCGAAAGCUACAUUGUCGAAGGAAAGAUUUAUCAUGGUGGGCAUUUAUUGACCGUUCCAGAAUACACGCUUCUUGGUGAGAUUCGGACAAACUUCUUCGCACAGAUAUCCUGGCAAUGUUAUAUGGAGUUUGGAAUUGAGAUUCGUAAACUACCCCGUGAGUCGAAGCUAUGUCUAACCCUGUACGGGCUAUCCCCUCAAGCAAAGAACGGCACACUGUCGCCCGCGCGGACUCCUUUAGGAUGGACUGCUGUGCAGUUGUUUGAUUUCAAUGGCGUAUUGGUCACGGGUAGUCUACUCUUUGGCCUUUGGCCGAACCAAGCUGCCAAUCCGUUAGGAGCAUGUACCUCGAAUUUGAUCGACAAACGCAGCGCCAUACUGCAAGUGGAUUUUACUCGCCAUCUAUCUGACAUCGUGUUUCCCGCGUUGAAGAUUCCCGAAGCUGAAACGGAUACGUCCGAAGUUACACCAACAGAGAUGUUUAACAAAUUCCUCUCCAAAGAUAUGUUUGAAGAUCUCAGACCCGAGGAUAUUCACAUGAUUUGGCAAAACCGUUAUAUCGCGUCCCAGGUAAAUAUAUAUGUGUAUAUAUAUGUACAUUCAAAAACUCAAUAAUUCGUGAGGAAAACACAAAGAAAAAUCAUAAGCGUGUCGUAGCUUUAUAUGUGAUAGAGAUUUCCCUUGAUUUACAUAAACUUUGAUUUUCUCAACUUAUAAUUACACAACGUAUUUUUUUGAAAAUUACUUCGCUAAUGAAAUUACUAGAUCGAUCGUUUUUGAAGUGCGUGUUUUAUCAGACCUAAAGAUACUCAGAAUUCGCAGUGCGUGUUUUAUCAGAUCUAAAGAUACUCGGCUUCGCCUCGUAUCUUUAUAUCUGAUAAAACACCGAUGCUCAUGUUUUAAAUAGUACUCAAAACACCACAGGCACUAGAUUAUGAGCCAUCAGCCUGAAAUUUAGGCAAUUAAUUAAACAUCUAAAAUACAAGAACCACUUUCGUUUGAUAAGUAGUCUAGCUGGUUCUUAAGACGUACAGUACUUUAACUAAGUCUAAAGUCAGUUACAAGCUGCUACAUACGGUAUCUAAUUUAACACAAGUGCGUAUCCAAAAAAUAUAAUCUCUUGUUUAGCACUCAACGACGAUAAAUUCCAUCAAAUUUAGAAGCUUUGAACUCUGGUAUAUUUAUUAAAAUACAAUUCAAAACACUAAACCAGUGACAAUUACUUUUGUACAAAUUAGAACAAGUUAGGGACGGACCAUUAGAAAAGUGAUUGGAGGGGAUUUUCUAAGAGGCAAUAUAUUUUUUUUGUACACCUAUAGAAGUAAUUUUUUUUUCUCACUUGAUGACUGGAAAUUUUUUUUAAGUACAAAUUACAGGCCUAUCUUCCAAGCUAGGAAUUUUUUUUUUCACUAUGCCUGGGAAGAUUUUUUCCCUAAUUUUUUUCUUGGAAUCAUUUUUCUUUUGUUUUGACCCACCCCACCCCCAUCACUUUUCUAAUGGUCCGUCCCUUAAGAACUGAUUCUGCUUGAUUCCAUACUCAGUAUUUCUUAUAUAUAAGAACUACUUGCAUUUGUCGCCAAAAAUAACUAUCUAACUGUUAAGAUCCCGAGUAUGUUACCCUUGGUAUUAUCGAGUGUUCCCGACUGGACGUACCAGAAUCUGCCCGAGAUCUACCAACUUCUGGCCAACUGGAAACCAAUGUCACCCGUGGAUGCGAUGGAGUUGCUCAAGGUUAAAUUCCCAGACCAGAUGGUGCGAGCGACCGCCGUGCAAUGGAUGGAAUGCUUCUCCGACGAUGAGUUGUGUGAUUAUCUGCCACAACUAGUGCAAGCUUUGAAGUAUGAAACUUAUCACAACUCUCCUCUGGCAAGGUAAUGUCGUAACUGGAUCAAUAAGAAAUAAUCCUUACUGGACCUCAAGGGAGAACAGUUUAGAACUGAUAGAGCUAUCCAGUGUAAAUAAAGUUAGUUUAGUUUAGGUUUCCUCCUGUAGCAACACUGGAUCAAUAAGAGAUGAUCCUUACUAGACCUCUAGGAAGAACAGUUUUAGAACUGAUAGAGCUAUCCAGUAUAAAUAAAGUUAGUUUAGUUUAGGUUUCCUCCUGUAGUAACACUGGAUCAAUAAGAGAUGAUUCUUACUGAAUCUCUAGGGAGAACAGUUUAGAACUGAUAGAGCUAUCCAGUAUAAAUAAAGUUAGUUUAGUUUAGGUUUCCUCCUGUAGUAACACUGGAUCAAUAAGAGAUGAUCCUUACUGGACCUCUAGGAAGAACAGUUUAGAACUGAUAGAACUAAUCAGUAUAAAUAAAGUUAGUUUAGUUUAGGUUUGUUCCUGUAGUAACACUGGAUCAAUAAGAAAUGGUCCUCACUGGACCUCUAGGGAGAACAGUUUAGAACUGAUAGAGCUAUCCACUAUAAAUAAAGUUAGUUUAGUUUAUAGUCUUCGCACAUUGUUUCAGAUUUCUGAUUGAGAGAGCUCUAAGCAGUUCCCGUCUUGUGCACUACCUUUUCUGGCAUCUCAAAGACAACAUCGCGGACCCACAAUUUGGCCAGCGUUACCAGGUGAUACUUGGUGGUCUACUGAGUGUAUGUGGCAGCUUACAACGCGACCAGUUUACGAAACAAGACGAACUUGUAACGAGGCUCACCGAAAUUGCAGAAAAGGUAUUUGUAACUUCAUGAUUUAAUGAUGUACAUAUUAUUUAAACACGCCCUUGGUGUUUUAAUAGCGCAUUAAAACAAUGUUCUAUCUUUCUAAGGUGAAAAAAUCGAAGGAAAACGUUCGAGACGAAGUGCUCCGGAGUGAGUUGGAGAAGAUACCACAGGAAACCCUAGAACGUUUGAGGCUUCCUCUCAACCCCGGAGUCGAAGUGACAGCAAUCUUAGCGGACGAAUGUUCCUACUUUAAUUCCAAUUCCAUCCCGCUUCGGUUACUAUUCAAGAAUUCUGACACACAUGGUUUCAAAAUUGAUACAAUGUACAAAGUUGGUGACGACUUACGGCAGGAUGCGUUGACCAUGCAGUUGAUUGGGAUCAUGAAUAAGUUAUGGUUAAAAGAAGGUCUGGAUCUCAAGAUGGUGACAUACAGGUGUCUACCAACAGGUUCUGAGAUGGGAAUGGUGGAGUUGGUACAAGAUGCUCAGACGUUGCGGGAGAUACAGACUGAAUAUGGUCUUGCAGGUUGGAUAUUUCUUGAAAUCUUGAGGAAACGAUUUAGAUGCUAACCAUCUAAGUCUUGCUUUCCUGACCCCACAUCUUCUUCUGAUCUCUUCAUUCCAUAAUAUCUCUGACCAGCUCUCCUUCAUCUCUUCUUAUUAUGUGUCCAUACCAUCUCACCUUGCUUCUCUAACCUUCUCUGCAAUGUCUACCACCCCACAUCUUCUGAUCUCUUCAUUCCAUAAUGUCUCUGACCAACUCUCCUUCAUCUCUUCUUAUUACGUGUUCAUACCAUCUCAAUCUUGCUUCUCUAACCUUCUCUGCAAUGUCUACCACCACACAUCUUCUGAUCUCUUCAUUCCAUAAUAGUCAGAUUUAGAUCGAGAACGCGAACAUCAAAGACAACGUGAAAAUGGCAUGUUGUGCCCAUGUAUGGAUAUGCCAUGUCAUUUUGGCGUCAUUUCCACGUCGUCUUUGACGUCCGCGUCCUCGAUCUAAAUCUGCUAUUAAGUCCAACGCGCAACCUCUAAAACUUGGACUUGUUUGCUAUCAUUAGCAUUUCACGCAUAAUUUAUUUGACGCACGACUGAUUUUACGCAUGAUUGAUUGAUUAUGCAUGAUAGAUUUACAAAAAGUUUAAAAAUUAAGAGGUAAAUUGACAUAAUAUGGAAUUUAUCAUAAGGAGUACGCGAAUGUUUGCGUAGAGGGAAAGGUAAUCUCAACCAGUUAUUAAAAAGACUGUAGCUCAAAGAAUAUUAAAACAGCGCAUGCGUUCUUGCAUCUUUCUCACUACGUCCCGUAAUAUUUAUGGCAAUUUACUGUGAUAUAAACAAGAAACGUAACGCCGAACAUUAGUAACAUACGCUUGAAAAUCUUUGGUUAUUAAAUCAAAUCUUCUGUAGAAAUUUUUGUGGGUUCGUUUACGGGCCUCUAUAAACACAGGCUAACCAGUGCUUCCAUUUUGAAGGAAAUUUCCUUUUUGAAGGGCAUUAUAAGGAAAUUCGAAGGAAAUUUCGGAAGAUUGAAGGAAAUUGCCUUAUUUCUAAAAAAUCCUAAGAAUACGGCAAUUUCUAAGGAAAUGCGCUUCAAAAUAUGCUGAAAAUCCUGUGCUGCGAGAUGCAAAAUCUGAAAAUUUUCUGGGCCCUCCUGGUUAUUCUCCUUCGUGUUAAUCUAGGUAAACUCUUUGUCUCUCCCCUUUGAUAAAUCAGCCCCUGCAACGUCUAUGUUCUUUCUAGAACAAGAAAAACCCCGUUAUUCGAGAUAAAUUACUAUAAAAUCAGUUUUAAAUUAGGUAAAAAUUCAAGGAAAUUUUUUCAAAAAUAAGGAAAUUUUGAACGGCUGGAAGGAAAUUACGUUUUUUGAAAAUGGAAGCACUGAAGCUAACUAGAAGUUACUAUCGCAAGGAAAAUGCUGCCUCACCCCCGCACAGAAUAAAGUAACACAGAAGGCCGACUUCUUGGUUUUUCGUUUGAUUUUGGCGUAACCCGUAAUUCGUCAUCAAAUGCUGACGCCAAGGUCCUAGCCAGUGCGCAUUUGAGAGGCAUUCACCCCCCUGAUAAUAUUCAAAAUGGUGGACGUCCAGGGGGGAUGCCUCUCAAAUGCGCACUGGCGUCAGCAUUUUGAUGAUGAAUCAUGGCUUGGCAGCGGUUACUCGAGUCGACCUUCUGUGUACCUUAUUCUGUGGCAAAGGCAGCAUGCACAAUUUUCUGAAUAAGGGCUGUUUAUAUGAUCCCACUUUGCCAGGAUGAGAUAUGAGGCAGGAUGAUUUUGAUGCACUUAAAUAAAUCACGGUGCAUGAUUCAGCAAAAAUCUUCAUUAUUUUCAAGAGAUGGAUUAUAAUUAACUGUAAAUGAAAUGUUGUUCAAGCAUAAUAACCUCCUUGAACCACAAGAUCUUCUCUACAACAUUUGAGUUCUGUUAACCAGCAUUUGAACUUUCGUUUAGCCUAGUGACUAAUAUUUUAAUACAUCAAAAUCAUCCUGCCAUCAAUUCAUGCAAACAACCCCUAAGACACCUGUUCAAGAGGUGGGAAAAAUGCAAUUUGAACAUUGAACAUCUUGCACAAAGUCGAAGGUCUGCUAAAAGUUUUAAUUCUUUCCUGGCAUGGGCAGUUUUAUAUGAAUAUCUUCGAUGCUUAUAACUUCUUGCUUUUGUAUAAUUAUAAUACUGUCAGUGGUGAAGGUAGCCAUAGCAACAGGUCUGCUAUGCAAGUUUUUAAUAUCUGCAUUAUUCAAAUAGAUGCAGGUUUAUUAGCAUAGCAUAGCCAGUUGCCAUAGCUAGCUUGUCACUGAAUACUGUACAAUGUUUAUAUAUUAAAAAAUACUCGGGUCUUGUCCCAUUUAUUGUUUUAAUGCCACCUUCAAGGCUGUCCAUAUCACAGAAUGUCUCUGACCAACUCUCUGCAAUGUCUACCACCAUACAUCUUCUUCUGAUCUCUUCAUUCCAUAAUGUCUCUGACCAACUCUCCUUCAUCUCUUCUUAUUACGUGUUCAUACCAUCUCAACCUUGCUUCUCUCACCUUCUCUGCAAUGUCUACCACCACACAUCUUCUGAUCUCUUCAUUCCAUAAUGUCUCUGACCAACUCUCCUUCAUCUCUUCUUAUUACGUGUUCAUACCAUCUCAACCUUGCUUCUCUCACCUUCUCUGCAAUGUCUACCACCCCACAUCUUCUGUUCUCAUCGUGUCCUUAACCGAAGCCGCUAGGAUUCAUCAGAUUGUCUUUUAGCCCUCUUAUCGUCUAGAGCUCGUUUUCUAAAAGAAUCUCGUAUCUCUUACAGGUUCGUUCAAAGAUGAGCCACUAGCUAGGUGGUUACUCAAACAUAAUCCAAUCGAGAAAGAAUAUGGCGAAGCAGUCGACAAUUUCAUCUCCUCUUGUGCGGGCUAUUGUGUGGCCACUUAUGUCAUUGGUAUAUGCGAUCGUCACAACGAUAAUAUCAUGGUUAAGAAAACAGGUAUGCUAGUAGAACUUAUACCCUUCCCUCACCUACUUACAGUACCUACUGUACCUACCUACCUACAUACUUACUUUCUUUCUUCGUUGCUAGGUCAUCUAUUCCACAUCGAUUUCUCCAAGUUCCUUGGUCGGUCCCAAAUGUUUGGAAGCUUUCGCCGAGACCGCUCGCCGUUCGUGUUGACUUCCGACAUGGCCUACGUCAUCAACGGUGGAUGCACUCCGACAAGUCGCUUUCAAGAUUUCGUCGACCUGUGUUGUCGGGCGUUCAACAUCAUCCGCCAUCAUACUAAUCUCUUCCUUAAUCUUCUCUCCCUGAUGCUAAACUCUGGGAUACCGUAUUUGAGUCAGACCAAUGAUCUAAAGUAUGUGUACGAUGUGUUACUCCCGCAAUCGACGGAUCUCGAAGCCACUACGAUGUUCACCCGACAGAUCGAGUCUAGCCUGGCAUCGAGGUGUGUGUAUGUAAACGCAAGAUUGACAUUUUUGCAAGACACGAUAUAUAAUAUUGUUGCAUAAAUAUUUUAAAGUUCUCAUGCUUACCCGUGGAAACGAAAACAAAAUUUCUUCUCAGAAGGCAAAUUUUCUCGACAAAUUCAGAAACAUAUUUUCCCUUUUUCAAGUGGGAUUUUCUCUUGUAAACAAUGUUUCCUGACUUGCCCAUCUUCGGGAAUAUGGCUAGGGAAACAAUGUCUCUGCAACUAUGUGAAUGUUUCCUAGUUUUCCGAGGGCUUUACAUUAAACUAAAAUAAUUGAAAACUUUCGGUUUGACGUGAAUAGCAGAAAAGUUUGUCCAGAAACGUGUAUGUGGUUUUCGCUCGGAAUUUCGAUUCACGAUAAACUUUUAAUAUAAUCAUCCCAUUUGUUUAGGUUUACCCAAGUGAAUUUCUUUAUCCACAAUAUGGCUCAGUUUCGUCAUUCCUCUCAAAUGAAAGAUGAUGACUCCGCCAUGCCCGUGCUCUCUUUCUCACCGCACACCUACAGCACGUGCACAGAUGGUAAGAUCACGUCAGCAAGGGUGGUAGAUUACCAGAAGCGUUAUACACCAGAAAAGUAUUAUGUGUAUCUCAUUAACGUGUGUCGUGAGGACCAGAGCAAGCCUACGUUUGUGUUCCGAAGAUACAGUUAUUUUCACGAGUUCAACGCCAAACUUGCAGACCAGUUCCCUCACCAGACUUUGCCAAAACUACCAGGUUGGUGAAUUUUGUUUUGUCUUGUGUAAGGACACCAUGCUACACCACACCACACCAUACAUACCAUACAGACCAUACAUACCACACUAUACUAUACCUUACUGCUCCAUACCAAACUACUUGACAUCAUACCACACUAUGUCACACCACACUGUCAUACCAUACCAUACUGUUUCAUACCAUACCUUACUGUUCCAUCCCACCAUACCAAACCACUUGACAUCAUACCAUACUAUGUCAUACCAUACCAUACCAUACACUACCAUACUGUUUCAUGCUGUACCUUACUGUCCCAUGCCUAACCAUACCAUACCAUACCAUACCAUACCAUACCAUACCAUACCAUACCAAACCACCACACUACACUAAACCAUGCCACAUAACAUACCACACCAAAACCACCUCUCAGAUACCAAACUUUACCAUAACCUUCCUUUCCUUUAGGUAAAAUCUACCUUGGUCGAUCCCAGAUCAGAAUGGUGGCAGAAAAACGUCGGCAAGAUUUUGACCGAUACCUCCAGGAACUUCUCUCUCUUGAAGACGUAAGCUCUUCGAAACUUAUCUACACCUUCCUACAUUCUCUUCCAUCAGACGACAUUGACGUGAGGAAAUACGCUGCCCGCUUGCUCCCUGAAGAAAGAUACCCUCGAGACAGGCCUAUUGGCGGCGAGGUGAAAGUCUCCAUCUCAUUCGCAGCUUAUCAACUUAAUAUCAUGAUUAUGCAUGCUAGAGAUUUGCUGCCAAAAAGCGCCGGGAGUCUUUCCGACCCGUACGUGAAGAUCUACCUAACCCCUGAUCCCAGUAAAUCCACAAAACGUAAAACGAAGAUUACACGGAGGACUUUAAAUCCAACUUAUAACGAGACCUUCGUCUGGGUCAUUUCUGAAGAGGAACUUCGUCAACGAGAGAUCAGGAUAACAGUAUGGGAUUACGAUGUUUUGACGGAGAAUGAGCUGAUGGGAGGCGUGCUUAUUGAUCCGUCAGAUUAUGACUUUAAUAACCAGUUUGUAGGAUGGUUUACAUUGACAGAUCUCAAGAGUACUUAGACAAUGGUUUUGCUGUAAUGGAUCUCACUAUAUAUACCUUGGCUAGAUGGUUUAUUAAGCAAGGGGCCGGUUGAUCAAAGCUGGAUUAGCACUUAAAAUGUAUCCUCCUGUUUUAGUUUAUGUAUUUCUGCACGUCUGUUUAUUUCAAAACUUCAGAGAAGAAAACUCCUACUGAUCCAGACAAGAUUUCUGAAGAAAUAUUUCUAAAUUUAUAAACAAGCUGUCAGGAAAUUUGCUUUGAAUUUUAGGUGAACCUAGGGUUAAGGUAAUCGGCUUUUCGAACAACCUGCCCCAGAUUAUCAUAUCGGGAUAAAUUAAACACUUUUGGUCCUCUUUUACAAUAAAUACAGUAAGACAUCGACUAACCAUGUUAUUGGAUGCGUAUAAGAUGUAUCCAACAUUAUCAGUAAAUAUACAUUAUAUUUUUAAUCACAAUAUUUCAAACUGUAAUUAUAUACUGCACCUACCUUCUGCGCAGGCAGAAUUAUAUAUUAUUGUAGUGUGUCAGGAAUUAAUCAUCAAGUAAUUUUAACGCAAAUUUUUACAAGUACAUAUAUAUUUUUAAUUCAAUAUUCUAAUUAUAUAUUGUAGUAAUUAUCGCGUAGUUUUUAAAGUAAAUAUUAAUGUAACAUUUUAUUUUAGUAUAAUAUUGACGAGCGUAUACAAUAUUUAAUUGUUUUAUGACGAUAUGCACAAUUGCAAAAUUGUUUGUAAAAUAUGGAAUAAAUUCAAUAUAUAUCGACUGUAUCGCGUGUAUUGUCACUUCGGCGAUACGAAAGGAGAAACCUCACUUUAUUUGAGUCUUGAACAAAGUCUCCAAAAACCUGUCUCCUCUCCGCAAAAAUGUUUAAACACCGUGUGCCUGCUUUGCCAUAUUGUUAGCCUGCGUCCUUGAGCCUGCCACGCAGGUUACCAUAUUGUUCGCGUGCGUCACAGUUUCGGAAAACGUUUCAUCGGAGGAUAGACGCCAGACAUCGUUUCGAAUAUGUGUUCUAACCCCCACACAUAUGCAUAGCACUUUAGCGCUUAUGACCACAACUACAGAUAUUAUACCUGACUGACCAUAUCCCUGCAUAUCAGUACCUUCACAUUGUUUCAUCCGGGUUGCUUGAAUAUUUUCUGAUCACUCUGUCACGUGCUUGCUCGAGAUUUUUGAUCGAGAGUGGAGAAUCCAUAAUAACUUGAAGGAGUUUGGCAAAGAAAGGGAUGUAGGACAUGAACGACGUGAAAUCAAUAUAACCUAAAACGAAAACACUACGUUAACAUUUUGAACACUUGAAAUGUUUAAACUUAGAACUACACUG